AUGACUUCCGAAUUUCAAGACCUAGGGAUGAUGCUUAGCAUAGCUGGUGUAUUGGUGGCGAGGAUGGAGUUCCACACCUGCCAGAAUCUAGUUUGCAUUGAUUUGAACGACUCUCAACCGGCAACCACUUUGUCACCGUCCACCUCCGAAAUGGCUCCGUCCCCGUCCAAGCUGGCCUACGCCUUGUACGAGAUGACCACUCAGACGAGCAAGAAGGUGCUCACGUUCGUGCUAGAGAAAGGCACUCCCAGGAGACAGGCUGGCAAGGCCUUUUACGAGUACCUCAUACAGGUGAAGAUGAUCCCUAUGACAACAAUACGCAAGAAAUUUAAUCAGAGUCAAAGGAAAAAGAUGGAGAAGAGUGAUACCACGACAUUUGAUGUCUCACUUUUAUACAUCUGCAUCAUAUUCGGCUGUGAUGGUUUGGCACCUCCAGAUGAUCCUCAGUGGACGACUUCAGCAGCCACCCUAGAGUGGUAUGUGACGUCCAUCAAGAAUCGUAGGAAUGAGUUCCUACAUGAAGAGUAUGUUGUGGAUGACCAAAACUUUUUUAGGGUGAUAGAGGAGCUGAGAGAUCUGCUCAAUAACGCCCUCAAGAAAGCAGCAGAAAUCUACAACAUAGAUGAUAAUACCAUCCAAAGUAAAUUGGAAGAGAUAAACAAAGAGAUCAACAGUCUCAGAGACAAUCCCUCACAGACAUCAGGUUCUCACAGAAUAGUUCUCGACAGACUGCGCCAGCAGGUGAAAGUCGAAGGGAAACAGGAGCUGAAGAAGAUUUACAGAGAGGAGUCCAGUUUUGGUCCAGCUUCGAAUUUGCUUGGGAAAUCGAAGGUGCGUGUGGAUAAAGUCUUCACCACGAUGGAAAUCAAGCAGGAAGGCUCACAAAUACACGAGUUCGUCCAAUAUUGUGAACUUCUAGCAAAGGCGGAGGAGAGACGGGAACAGAAAGGGAAAGACUGUUCCGUGUUGCUCAUCGAAGGGCCUGCGGGUGUUGGCAAGACAACCCUAACAAGAAAGAUGAUAAGUGACUGGGCCUCAGGCACUAGCUACAUGGAGACUCUCACUGAUUAUGAUCUUGUAUUUUUAAGUAGGUGCCGAGACGAAAUAAAUUCCCUUGGCCACCUCCUUGGCUCUUUGAUGCCCAAAUCUAAAAUUAAAGUCCAAGGCAAACAUGGUCUGAUUGAGUGCAUUCAGCAAAAUAGACUCAUGUUCAUUGUGGAUGGGCUUGAUGAACUCAAUGAAGCAUCAGACAGAGUGCUGAGAGAAAUCAUGGAGAUGGGUAGAACUGAUGACAUCACUGUUCUCUGCACAACACGACCCAACAGAGUACCUGACUUCAAGGAUUAUGUGCCAGAGAACUUUGAUAUUAUUCAUAUGAAGAUUUUGGGCAUAAAAGAGAACAGACGUGAAGAGUUUGUAAGAAAUUAUAGCCAGGCUUUACAGGACCCAGGCUCCAUUGACAAAGACAUUUCUGGUCUCCUCCGGUACCUGGCAAGAAAAGACAGCCAGAUGCAAGCCCACUGGCGGUUCCCCUUCAACUUAGUCCUCGUGACAAUAUUAUGGUUCCUUGACCCACAUUCUGUAAACAGUCUGACCACGGCGACAGAACUCUUCACAAAGACACAUAAAUUGUGCAUGCAACGAUUGCUUCAGAGGCUAAGUAAACACCAAGAAACAAAGACUUUCGACAUGGAUGAACUGAGAGUAAAAGUAGAUAAGUUCCUAAAAAAAUUCUAUAAAGAGGCUUUCGUUAACCAUUGUGGGGAUGCUGUCGUUCUGUCUCAGUCUUCAGUACAGAAGCUCAAGGAGGCAUGUCGCCUUCUAAGUCUUCCACUAAAAGAGGUUCUUGGAUCUUUCUGUAUCCAGGAAACUUCCCUGACAAAUUUCGAAGAAAAGUACUGUUUUCCCCACAAGAAUUUGCAGGACAUCUACUCGGCUCUUUAUUUGAUGGGCAUUCUUAAAAUGCAUGGAGUGGGACUCAACAUCCCCCGUAUAAUCUCUGGAUUUGAGACUGUUCUCAUGAGUGAAGAUGUUCCUGAAAAUAUUGGUACAUCCAUCCUAGAAGACUGCUCUAAGAAAUUAUCAGAAUACCAACGUGACACAAUUAAGAAAGCAAGUAGUAUCGAGAGUGUUCUAGGAAAAGCUACCAAGGAAGCUGCCAAGUACAUUGGCAAAAAAUCAAAAUUAGACUUGGAUAAGUACCAGAACAUUCUCAUUCAUCUCACAGGUUUGCUUCACCUCAGAGGAAAGCCAUUGCCGGAGGAAAGAUCAAAGGAGCUUGUGCAAUUACUCAAAGCCACUGGCAUUCGUGAUACAUCCCAGUGGCUGGACUUGCUCUCUGAAGUCAAGUGCGACGGCACGAUGAGCGAAUUACUUACCAAGGCGAUGGGUCUCACGGGACGCAUAAGAAUAUCCGACGGCCAUUUAGCUGCAUUCAUGCGUGUUCUGAGCCACGCACGUCCGUCACUCUUGGAUCUGGAGAUCAGCGGUGACACCGAGGACACCCCGUUCCUGCGGGAAGUCCUCGUGGGGAUGAUAGACGCGACGUGGAAGGUGGUGCUAAGUCUCCACCACGACUUCCGCCACCCGAGAGCCGGCGGGAGCGUCCUCGAUGAUACUCUUCAGCAAGUUUUCCAAAGCGGACGCCUCCAAGUCACUUCGUUCAAAGGGCAGCUGAGCGGAUCGGCCUUGGCGGCGCUGCCCUCGAGUCUCGAGCGACUAUAUUUCGCCGUGAAGGACGACGACCACUACCGGGAACUUCUUCCCGCCCUCUCUUCUCUCCAAGGGCGGCUGUAUUGGCUUGGUGAGUAG